UUUCCGCCCGCUUUUCAAAACAAAAUGCCCGAGUGACCGGACCCACUCCGCAACCCCAAACUUCGGUCCUUCCGCCGUGCCGCCUCUCUCUCUCUCUCUCUCUCUCUCUCUCUCCGGAGCUUCGAAAGACUCCUACCUCCCACCCACUCUCUUGUAUACUCUCUUCUCUCUUCUCUGGCGAUCCUCCGAAACUAUUACUCCAAGCUCUCCUCCUCCUCCCUCCUCCUCCGCCUCUCCCGAUCUCCUCCCAUGGCCGCCUCCAUCGCCUUCAACCCCCCCGUCAUCCGAGCGAGAUCCGUCGCCCCAAGGAGGAUUGCGCCAUUCCAGACCCUCUUUGCCGCCCCUGGCCUCGCCGCCCGGUCCCUUCGCCUCAAUUCCAGGCUCGUUUCGGAUGGGCCCGCUGCCUUCUCCGGUGUAAGAACUCAGGUUGCAGUUGUUGAACGAGCAAGCAUCAAUGAGGCUCAAAAAGUUGAAGCUCCUGUUGCUAUCGUUACUGGAGCUUCUAGGGGAAUUGGAAAAGCGAUAGCGUUGGCCUUGGGCCAAGCUGGUUGCAAGGUCCUUGUAAAUUAUGCCAGGUCUGAAAAGGAAGCUAAAGAAGUCUCCAAAGAAAUUGAGGCAUCUGGUGGUCAAGCCAUUACAUUUGCGGGAGAUGUUUCAAAAGAGGCUGAUGUGGAAUCUAUGAUCAAAACAGCAGUAAAUACAUGGGGAACAGUUGACAUAUUGGUAAACAAUGCAGGAAUUACACGAGACACAUUAUUGAUGAGGAUGAAGAAAUCACAGUGGCAAGAAGUACUUGACCUGAAUUUAACUGGUGUCUUUCUUUGUACACAGGCUGCAGCAAAACUUAUGAUGAAGAAGAAAAAGGGAAGGAUCAUCAAUAUAGCGUCUGUUGUUGGUCUUACUGGCAACAUAGGUCAAGCUAAUUAUAGCGCUGCAAAGGCAGGGGUGAUUGGUUUUACCAAAACUGUUGCAAGGGAAUAUGCAAGCAGAAAUAUCAAUGUAAAUGCUGUUGCCCCUGGGUUCAUUGCAUCCGAUAUGACUGCCAAACUUGGAGAAGCCAUUGAGGCGAAAGUCUUGCAGACCAUCCCACUAGGGAGGUAUGGGCAACCAGAAGAAGUUGCUGGGUUGGUGGAGUUCUUGGCCCUCAAUCCUGCUGCCAAUUACAUUACUGGGCAGGUUUUUACCAUUGACGGCGGGAUGGUAAUGUAAGCUCGAGUGGAUUUUUUUUUUUUUUUUUUUUUUUUUUGAUGCAAUGGCGGUUCACACAGGUGUGAAUGCGGCCAACAAAAUCAGAAAAUAAAAUACUACGUAAUGGCUCUGGAACAGAUCUACUCCCAACCCAAACAAAACCACCAGAGUGGUGGGCGGCAUAGGGAGUGGAUGUUUCAAUCAAGUUUUCCUGUGUGUUAAGCCCCCACCUGGCAGAUCAGAGUUUCCCCACUCUUGUUAGGUGAUUAUGGACAUGUUGGUAAUGUACUCUGGCUUCUCUGUGGUCAGGCUUUUUUUUCCUUCCCAUGUUCUGAACCUCCAUGUGGUAGUUCAGAGCUUCCCCACUCUUGUUAGGUGGUUAAGUGACAAGAACAAGAAAAUUCAAUUUCAUUUUUGCUGUUGGUGUACCUUCUUGCAACUGAUGUUUAUUUUGAUGGGUCAGAUUUAUAUUCA